GCAUUCUGGUAUUCACUGUUACAGCUAAUAACACACAUACACAUACCAACCCACAAAUUUUGCUAUCCCUUCUCUAAACUUUACGCGUGGAUACCCAAUUUCUCUCUUAUAAAUAAACCCCCUCACUGUACAAUUCUUCUUUCUCUCUUUUCCAUUCUUGCACCUUCUUUUGUUGCCAUUCAAGAAUUACUGAAAAUUUUAUCUUUUUUUCUAUUGGAGUUUGUGGGGGUUCAAAGAUCUUAACUUUAACUAUUUGGGUUUCUUGGGAUUAAAGAUUUGAACUUUUUUUCAUUUUAUAUUUUGGGUAAUCUUGGUUUUCUUAAAUUGGUUGGUGUGGAAAGAGGGAGAGGGAGAUUUGUGGGGUGAAAAUAUCUGUAAAAGGGAAUGAGGAUGAGGGGUGAGAUAGUGGGGUACAAAGAAGAGGAAGAUUACAAGACAGAAGAGGAAGAAGAAGAGAGGGAAAUGGUUGGUGGAGGGUUACCAGAGUCUAAGUUUGUUGUGGUGGGUUAUGCUCUUACUUCUAAGAAAGUUAAGAGCUUUUUGCAGCCUAAGCUUGAAGGUCUAGCUAGGAGUAAGGGAAUAUUAUUUGUUGCUAUUGAUCAGAGCAAAUCCCUUUCAGAUCAAGGUCCUUUUGACAUUGUGCUCCAUAAGUUGUCAGGAACCAAGUGGCGGCGUAUUCUUGAGGAAUAUAGGCUAACGCAUCCAGAUGUCACAGUUCUUGACCCUCCGGAUGCCAUACAGCAGGUAUACAACCGCCAAUACAUGCUUGAAGAUGUUGCGGACCUGAAUUUGUCGGACACCUAUGGGAAAGUUGGUGUUCCCAGGCAACUGGUUAUUGAGAAAGAUUCUUCAUCUAUUCCAGAUGCAGUAGGUAAAGCUGAUCUGAGACUACCUAUUGUUGCAAAGCCUUUGGCUGCCAAGUCCCAUGAGUUGUCUCUAGCCUAUGACAAAUUCUCUCUUCAGAUGCUAGAACCCCCACUUGUGCUACAGGAAUUUAUCAACCAUGGAGGAAUUCUGUUUAAAGUAUACAUUGUUGGGGAAGCAGUUAAGGUUGUUAGACGAUUCAGUUUACCUGAUAUUAGCAAGCGUGAGCUGGCAAAAAACCCUGGGGUUUUUCGAUUCCCAAGAGUUUCUUGUGCUGCUGCAUCUGCAGAUGAAGCAGAUUUAGACCCUUCUGUCGGGGAGCUUCCUCCGCGGCCAUUACUUGAGAAGCUUGCUAAGGAACUUCGACGUAGACUGGGUCUCCGUCUCUUCAACUUGGAUAUAAUUAGAGAGCUUGGAACCAAAGAUCGAUAUUAUGUCAUAGAUAUUAAUUACUUUCCUGGUUAUGGGAAAAUGCCAGAGUAUGAGCACAUAUUCACUGAUUUUCUCCUAAGCCUUGUGAAGCAGAAACAAUGAGAAAUUGCGAAAAUCUGCUCCUCGUUAACUAUUACUUUAAAUGGAACUACUGGGAAGGAAUCCUCCCCAUAGCACGAGGAUGAUAGAAUCUUGCAAAGAUUUCUGUGGCAGUUUCUAUAAGCUGAUCGGAGACACUGGUGGUUAAGUGCAGAAGAGCUCUCUCGAUAAUGGUUGCUACUUUGGAAGCUUGCCCCCCCUUAGUACACAAUUCCAAUUUACUGAGCUUGGGGUCUCUUUCAUUUCCUGUCUUUGGAUAAUUGAUAGAUUUAGCGGAUUCAAGAAAGCUUGAGCCCUUGGUAAAUGUUGGCUGGAGGGUGAACAUGCCUGUGUUUGAAGGGCAAAUAAUUGCUUCUACCUUGUAAAUAUGCCAUUUACAGUAGGAACAUAAAAUGUACAUUGUUGGCUCUUCUAAUCUACUGGAUAGCUUGUUUUUUC